CUGAAACUGAGUAAGCUUCUCUAUUUGUUCUUCGUUUAAAGCGCUUACAGACACCAUUCCAGUUGUGAAGAAUUGAAGACUAACAACAAAGAUAGAAAAGGAGAUUUAUGCCAAAAAUGAAAUUCUUAUGCUUUUGUUGGUUUCGGAAUCUUUUUUAAAGCCGAAGAAGCAGAAAGAAAAAGAAGUAGGCAUUUUUGACUCUCAACUUUCCCUUUUUGCGAAACAAAACAACAAACAGAAAUGGCCGAAGUGAGUAAUGCAGCAACUAUGGAUGUAGGAUCCGUUGAGGAACCACUCGAUCUUGUUCGACUUUCCUUAGACGAACGAAUUUACGUGAAGCUGAGAGGCGAUCGUGAAUUACGUGGUGUUUUACAUGCAUAUGAUGGCCACUUAAACAUGGUAUUGGGCGAAGUUGAGGAGACCAUUACCAUUGUCGAGGUGAAUGAGGAAUCCUUAGAAGAAGUCAUCAGAACUGUGCAAAGAAAUUUUGAGAUGCUAUUUGUACGUGGUGAUGGUGUUAUAUUGGUAAGUUAGAAAGAACACUGUAGGUAAUGCUUUUCUUUCAUAACUGACACUGUCGUAGGUCUCUCCACCAUCAAGAACAUAAUAUUUAUACACUUCCAAAUAACCCCAGCACCAUCCACUAACAUUAAUAAUUGGCACAGUUCAUAUGUAGAACUAUGCUUACAAAAGAGUAAUACUUGUAUAAUACACGUCGGUACAACUCCAUAACUCAAAUAUAACUGUGCGGUUGUAUGUGUUCAGAUUACAUUAAACAGAGAUGUUCUUUGACAAAACGCUAGCCUACUAAUGUUGUGAGAGAACAAAAACCAAUAAGAACAGGAUGUUAUCAUACUUUAACCGGCUAAAAUGAUGUGAAUGAUUUUAUGAAAUAAUAUAGGCAAAGAUACGUAUUUCC